AUGCCGACGGUUGACGAAGUCAAGGCAGCCAAUUCCGAAAGCCUGUCAAACAAUGACUUUUUGGUUAAUCUGGCCCUGACUUUCAAUGUGGUAAACAUUCCUCUGGCGAUUUUUAUCCUCAUUCUCGUGUGCAUUGCCUGUAUCCUCUUUGUGGUCCUCGUCAUCUUCAUUGUACGCAGUUGCAUUCGUCGAAAAUUCAUUCCCAAAUCAAAACGACGUCCAAUCAAAAGUAUCUAUCUGGAUGAAAUACCCGGAGCGAUACCGGGCCAGGUGGAAGGCCAGCACGGUACUCUGGAAUAUUCACUGGAAUAUCAAUUAACAAAACAGCAGCUCAACGUGGGUGUUAUUCAGGCCAAUGACCUUGCACUACGACCAGGAGUGGAACAUUUGGACCCUUAUGCGAGCGUCAGUUUGUUAAAGGUUCAAGGAGAAAAAAGUAAAGUUUUUGGAAAAGUAAAUAAGACGGUUGUUCGAAAAAACUCGACAAGCCCGAAUUGGCAGCAAACAUUUGCCUAUCAGAUUCCUGAAUCUGAACUAAAAUGUAUAACGGUUGUUUUUGAAGUAUUCGACUACGAUAGUAUCGGACAAGAUAUUUGCAUCGGACAUUUGGAUGUUCCUUUGAAAGAAGUGGACGAGGGAGAAUAUGCAGGCCAAAUACUGGAACGUACUGGCUGGCUAAAAUGCGGAGAACCAAUGAUGGAAGGAAUAGGCGAACUAUGCAUCGGAUUGUGUUGCAACAAUACCGGAUCACAAAUCGAUGUGACCAUCUAUGAAGCACGACAGUUGACCGUCGCUGAUCAACUAUCGUCCAAGAGAGGAUCCAGUGUUUUUGUUCACUUGGUAUUGAAGCAUAACAAGAAAAGAAUGGGACAUUAUAAUACCAAACCGAAACCGGAGUUGAUAAACCCUUAUUUCAACGAGAGACACACGUUUACAGUUAAAUCCGGGAACCUGGACAGUUGUGUGCUACUGUGUAAAUUGAAAUCGAAUUCUGGCCGGAAAAAAACAUUGGGUCACACACAGUUGGGCGUCGAUGCAACAAGCAGUACUGGGGCGAAACACUGGGAAGAGAUGAUCAAGGGUCCUGGGAAAACUCAUGUGUUUUGGCACAUGUUGUCUGUGGGUAACGAGGAUAGGUAA